AAAGUAAUUAUCUCUUCCAGCGUUCUUCCGAAAACUCCGCCGCCCCCGCCACCACCAAUUACCAUUAAUAUUUCUUCUCCUCAUCCUCCUUCCGCCUCCCCCUCAUCAUCAUCGCCAUCAUCCUCGUCCUCCUCCUCGACCACAAGCGCGGACAAUUCCCCCGAUUCGGAUGAGUCCGUUUGCUGGGAGGAGGCGGCUAAACCGGCUCCGAGGAUAUCUCCUCUUCCUCCUCCCCCUCCCCCAAGCCCUCUGCCUCAGCCGGAAAGCAGUAAGAUGAAGGAGAAGGAGAGCAGAAAAGGGGAGCGUGGUCGUGGCGGCUUCGGCCGCGCCAAAAACCUGCGUCCGAAACCGCCGCCAGUCUUCCUGAUACCAGGCACAGAACUGAGAGUACCCAGCUUGACUCUGAUCAUGUCAGCCCUGUCAAAUGAGCAACCAUCUAAGCAAACACUGCCAAAGGAGAAGAAGAAGAAGAAGAAGAAGAAGAAGAAGAAGAAGAAGAAGGAGGCUUACGCGUCUACAGUGAAGCAGUGGCCGUUGGAUCCGGACCGGAUCAACAAUUUUGAGUGCCGUCGACGGGAUGUGCUAUUAACUACAGUGCCUGACGUGUCGCAAAGUCCCUCGCCCACCCCCACCCCCUAA